UUUCCCGCCAUUUUCCUUUUCCUUUUGGGGUCACUCUCUCACUUCCUUCGUAACCCUUUGGUUUUCCCAAUAAACCCCCUCAGAUGAAGCCCAUUUGAACAGAGCUCAUCGCCUCAUACCGAUUCUAGCGCUUUGAGGAGGAGGAAGAUGGGGAUACAAGGGCUAUUGCCGCUAUUGAAAUCGAUAAUGGUGCCCUUGCACAUCAAGGACUUGGAGGGCUCUAGCGUGGCUGUUGAUACCUAUUCUUGGCUUCACAAAGGUGCCUUGUCCUGCAGCAAAGAGCUAUGCAAAGGAGUACCCACCUCCAGGCACAUUGACUAUUGCAUGCACAGAGUAAACCUGCUGCGGCAUUAUGGUGUUAAACCCAUUCUUGUAUUUGAUGGUGGACUUCUACCAAUGAAGCUUGAACAAGAGAACAAGCGUGGAAGGGUGCGAAAGGAAAAUCUUGCACGUGCCAUUGAGCAUGAGUCUAAUGGAAACUCAGCUGCUGCUUAUGAGUGCUACCAAAAAGCUGUUGACAUUUCACCUUCAAUUGCACAUGAGCUAAUCCAGGUGUUAAAGCAGGAGAAUGUAUGUUAUGUUGUGGCUCCUUAUGAGGCAGAUGCUCAAAUGACUUUCCUGGCUGUCAGCAAGCAGGUAGAAGCUGUUAUCACUGAGGACUCAGAUCUUAUACCAUUUGGAUGUCCAAGAAUUAUCUUUAAAAUGGACAAAUUUGGGCAAGGAGUUGAGUUUCAGUAUUCCAUGCUGCAUCGGAACAAGGACUUGAGUUUUGCAGGAUUCACAAAACAGAUGCUUCUGGAGAUGUGUAUUCUGAGUGGUUGUGACUAUUUGCCGUCAUUACCUGGAAUGGGCCUGAAAAGGGCUCAUGCACUCAUUAAAAAGUUCACAAGUUAUGACAAGGUAAUUAAGCACUUAAAGUACAGCACUGUAUCAGUUCCUUCCCUUUAUGAAGAAUCAUUCAAGAAAGCAAUAUUGACCUUCCAGCAUCAACGCGUUUAUGAUGUUGCUUCUCAAGAUAUUGUAUCUUUGUCUGAUAUAUCUGAUGAUGAUGGGGAUGAUUUGGACUUCUUAGGACCAUCGAUACCACAACAUAUAGCUAAAGGUAUAGCAGAAGGUGAUAUUGAUCCAUUUACCAAAAUGCCAUUCCAGGAAGAGAACAUUAGUGCUGGCAGAAUUUCUCAACCUAAAAAUGUCAAUCUUGGAAGGAUAAAGAAAAAGCUAGAUUUGCCCGUGCAGAAUAAUCUCCUGACUAAAUACUUUUGCUUUGCCUCUCUUGAAGCAAAGAGAAAAUUCAGAGCCCCGCGGAUGUCACCUGAUUCUCCAAGUGCAUUUGAUGAUUCUUCUCUCAGUCCUGAUGAAAAUGUCUCCUUGGAUGAUCCUUCUUGUAAAGCAAGCUGCUCAGAGUCAUCCCUUAACUCUGAAAACACGGGCAAUGUGCUUCCCAGUGAUUCAGUAGAAGAUGGCUUUGACACUGAUGUCCGUGAUGUAUUAGAAGCCCAAACUCAUGACAUGGUAGGCAUGAGAAGAAGUCCAGACAGUACAUUGUUGCAACAACCCAGACAUUCAAUUCAUAAACCUUGUCUAACACUGCAUAAGGAGCGUGAAUGCAAGAAUGCCCCAGACACAGUUGAGGGCGGUAAGACAAGAACAGAGAACAGAAAGGUCAUUGUAAGAAGUUCUUAUUUUAAGGACAAGUCAAUCAAUGAAAAUGACCAGGAGGAUAAACAAGAGAAACACUUGCUAGAGGAUGGUAUUGCUAUUGAUGUGGACAAGAAUGCUGUUCCAGAGAGUGCUCAUUUCGAGAAUAGCUAUUUCAAUGGCAAAGUUAUGAAAAGGAAGACCUCCCCAGGUGACAGCUUUGAAGUGGAAAAUGUGAAACCCAAGCAAUUGUGUAUCAGUGCAUGCCUUCCCGAUGAUGGUAAUUGUGCAUCUAGCCUAAACGAAACAUUUACAGGCACAAAAACUGAAGAAGGGAAAUUUGGAUCCAACAUUUCCCAUUUAGGCCGGUAUUCUGACAUAGCAGAGAAGUCGAUGGAAAAAUUUGUUUCAGUUAUAUCAUCGUUUAGAUAUUCGUCGUCUGGUUCUCGAGCAAGUGGUCUUCGUGCUCCUCUGAAAGAUGUCCAAAACACUGGUACCAAUAGGUCAACUGUUGCUGUUGACUUUAGCCAAUUUGAAUACGUACCAAAUACCCGGAAGACUUCCACAGCACCUCCCAAACGCUGUUUUAGACCAGUUUAAAGCAACACUGUGUGGAUGAGCAAUUAGCAACCAGUUUUUUACUUGCAUCAAUUGCUCUGAAGCCAAUUCUUCCCUAAUGACUGAUUCUUCAAACACUCAUUUUUGACUUCUCGAGGCCCUUGCUUGAUCUGCCAUCA